AACCAGGCUGUGUGUUGGUGUCGGGACUGUGAAGAGUUCCUGUGUGAGUACUGCCAGAAUGAGCACAGCAACAUCAAACUUUCCAGAAACCAUGUACUUCAAAACUUCAGUGACAUGGUACCGACUGUCUUGAACAUUCCAACAUUUUGCAGCAUCCAUAAACACAACUCCUUGGACUUCAUUGAUGCAACCUGCCAGAAGUUGAUCUGUGCGAGAUGUAGACUCCAUGAUCACGCAGACCAUGAUGUGGAGGACUUGGAUGUGGCUGCUGAUGCUGUAACGGAACAUUUCCACCACCAGAAGAAUGAGCUAUUAAAGUUGCAGACUCGUCAGAAAACUCACAUGCAGAGCAUCAGACAAGAAAUUAAAUACACUGACAGAACACACGACACUUUGAAAGAAAAUAUUGGCCACACAUUCCAGACUCUGCGAUCGCUUCUUGAUCAACGAGAGAGUGAACUUAUGACCGAUCUAGAAAAUCUUACAAAAGAGACCAAGGCAACACAACGGACUCUCCUCACCACCACUGAAGAAGAUUGGGAGACAUGCAGAGAUGUUUCAGACUACAUCGACAAAGUCCUCCACUAUGCCCCCAAAUUACACAUCCUGGAGCUGGAGAGCCGUGUAGGAAACAGAGCUCGGAGCUGCCUGAAAGAUGUUAGGUCUCAGUCACGUGCUGUAACGUCAGCUUUCCUCAAUACAAACAGAUUGUCAGAGCUGAAAUCAAAUAUAUCAGUAUUUGGUGCCAUUACGACAAAUGUAGGGGACGCUGAACCUUUUAAAGACAAGGAUACCCAGACGCUUGAUGACUAUAUGGCAGACCUGGACAGGAAACAUAAAAUGGAAAUUGCAGAACUGAAGACGAAAAUGGAUUCAGAGGAGAAGCGGAGUGAAAGCUACAGACUGCUCACAGACAAGCUCAAUGGAGACAUCAGUAGCCUCAAAUCGCUCAUUGCCGAGAAGGAAAACAUCGAGAAGAGACUCUCAAAAAACCUGGAUGUUUUACUUGGUGUGGCCAGGGAAUGUGGUAUCCAUCUGCUGAAGCCAGGGACUGUAGACAGGUCUGUGGUGCUGAAGUUAACCAGAAGGUGUUCAUCGUGAUGUUGAUGACGCACG